CCCGCCCACCGGGCUCGUGCCCGUCGCGACGGCGGCUGCGCGCACACACUUCAGACAGCGCGUGUGGAAUAUGUGACGCUGAUCUGCGUUUUUACGGACACGUGUUGUGUUGUGUGAAUAAAACCCAGACUGACAGACGACUACAGUAAAUGGAUUGAGACGCUCCAGUGAAGUGAGAGAGAGAGAAUAAUCCAGGUAAUCUCAGCCGGUCAAACCCCUGCGGGAUUAUUCUCAUGUGGGUUUGUUUGGGGUCUGCGGUGGUCUCAAAAUCAGACACACACACAGGACAGACGGAUUAUCUCAGUUUAAAAUGAUCUGACAGAACGUCACAUCCCUUAAGAAACAGCGUCCAAUGUGUGCUGUGAAAGACAUUUAGUGGAAAAUAUGAUUUGAAGACAACAUUUAAAAGAUCUCUUGGAGUAAACCAGCGGUUAGUUGUGGGUUAGGGUGCGAGAGAUGUGUGUCACUCAGAGUUUAGUGAAAAGGUGUUUUAACUCCAGCGAAUCCUAUUAGACGUCUUUAACAGGUUAUUUAUAAACGUCCCUGACUCACACCUGAAGACACACACAGUCUCUAGAUGAGUUGUUCUGAACAGAUGUGUGAUGGACGGAGUUUGUGAAGAGCACCGCCGGUGGUGUGUACCUGAAACACUUUGUCCUAAAGAUGUUCUUCGAUGAGAGAGGCCAAACUGAGGCGAUCUGAGAACUACAAAUGAUUUCCUAAACAAGUGACUUUCAAUUUUGUGAGUUGUUUAAUUCAAUUUCAUCAGAUAUCUCCUGAAAAACGUAUAGGCCACAUUACUAAACAGGUGUUCAAACAGAUUUCUCUCUUCGUUCGUUGAUAUUUCGGAUCAGUAAGUGUAAUUGAACAUUAUUGUGUCAGUAUGAGUUUGGGGAAACUGCCGGUGAUUAAAGGACUGGUGUCCACGUCUCAGAGCAGACGGCGUUUUAAAAGCGACCUAUCCGUGGACAUGAUCAGUCCGCCCCUCGGGGACUUCCGGCACACGAUGCACAUCGGCCGCGGCGGAGAUGUUUUUGGCGACACCUCAUUUCUCAGCAGCUACGGAGGUCCAGCUCAUGACGAGGAACCACAUUCACCCUCCGGAUCAAGACCCACGCGCUUUCUGUCACGCACGCUACGACACGUACGGAGGAAUCCUCCGGCCCGGCUGAGAGGAGGGUCACGUGACCUCGCCUCACCUCCGCCCUCCGUCUCUCCCAUCAUUAAAACCGCCAUCUCACUGCCUCAGCUGAACCUGGACGCUUCCAACGGAGGCCUGAAGAGGGCGCUACUGUCCACCUCCAUCAGCUCACCGGCUGACUCACGCUUCUCUUACAGUCUUCUGGACUCUGGAUUUGUCACACUGCCUCGUUUCUCUCGGAUGGAUCAGAACUUCAGAGAAGCGUCUGGAAGUUUGUGUUCAGACUACAGACGGAGUUCACUGCCUGAGAACAGCGACAUGACACUGACACGAUCUGAUUCUCUCACCUCCUUCACCGUGGACCUCGGGCCCUCCCUCAUGACUGAGGUUCUGGGUUUGAUUGACAGCUCCAGACGUCUCUUCAGCAGCACUAAGGACUGGGAUAUGGAGGAGGAGGAGAGUUCAUCCGUCUCUCCACAGGAUGAUGAUGAUGAUGAUGAAGAACAGCUGAACGUGUGUCCGGUCAGAGAGGAGGUCAGGAUUGAACCUCAGAGGUUUCAGGAGGCCGCAGACGUACUGGCGCGUCACUUUGGAGGAGGAGGAGAAGAGGAGCGUCACAGAUCUUCAUCUUUCAGACACAAGAGGGCGCUGUACACCUUCACUGAAGCAGAGGAAGAGAUCAACGUAUGAAAUACAUUCAGAGUUGAUCUCUGAUUCCAGACAGCAGACAUACCAUCAUUUCAACAUUCUACAGGUCUCAUUUGAAAACUUCGUAUGUUCAAUUAAAGUUGUGUACAAAGGACAGUUUUUAAUGAAUGAUGUGUAUUUAUGUGUGUUUAGUACUGCUCAUUAUCUACAGUGACAUUUAUUUACAUCUGCUUACAGAAGACUAUACUAAAUACCUUGAAAUUGUUUAGAUCUAUUAACAUUUCUGUUCCAUACAUCAGUGUGUUAUAUAGAGAAGCAGUAUCAUGAUGAUUUAAGCAGUAAGUGAUGAUGACAUCAUUGAUCAGCUGCUUGAGGGCGGAGUUUACUGAAGGAGAAAGUGUCGUAUGUGUCUUUAUGGCUGAAGAAUCUGACAGGUUCAACUGUUUGUUUAUGGCUCUGUGAUGUCUCUGUUUGUUCUGUACUGACUGACUUUAGACAGCUUGUGCCUUUGACAUUUUAAUGGAAUGAAAUGCAGUGGAUUUCAAAGCAAUGCAGUAAACGUGAAUGUUUUAAAUCGUAGGGAAGAUUUGAUAAACGACGAAUGUUGGUUUAAUAAAGACUAGUGUUAAAACAUUGACGUGCGCCCUAAAGAAUGGCUUGUUUCAACCCACGGUUGAGUCCAAUAUGGACAUUUUCUAGAUGAAUUUAAACCCACAGUUGUGUUUGUAAUACUUCACCAGGCAAGGGUUAAAUUGGGCCGGGGCGGGGCAUAGGCUGACGCUCUGCUCCCCGCAUGUGUGUGGCUCUUCUGGUGUUAUGGAGCGGCACUCCGUCGUGCCCUGGUAUAAACCUGCUGUGCCCCAGUACAAAUCUCACGUUUUAGUAACAAUUUGACCUUUUUCGUCAGUGUAAACACUUACAUUGAUAACGGAUGAAAUAAGAUACAUUGUGUUUGGUCUGCGCGCGCUUGUGUCUCCUUCUGCAGCGCACAGCCGCUAUAUUUGCGAGUUGUAGACGUGACGUGCGGCUCUGUUGUUUUAACGUUUCAAGUCAUAAUGAGCUGUUUGUGAAGAAAUUGUGUCAUUUUAAUCCAAUUCAAGCAUUGAAGCGCUUCAUGGUGCGUGCGGCAGCAGCGAUGCACAAGAUAAUGGUGCACCUCAAUCAUUGUGAAUGUUGUAUGAAGUUUUGACAGAAACGUACUGGAAAUACACAGGUCACACAUACAAUUCUGUGGACGUUAAUAAAUGAAGAUAUUUGAUAUCGACACAAGGAAAGGGCGCAGGCCUACAGAAAGAUUCUAUUCUUACAUCUAUAGCUUUGUAAACUGCUGACAUCUAGAAUGAGUUUGAUCUGCAUUUUAUUGUUCAGGCUCUCUCAAAUUAUAUUUUACAGUCUGUCAAUUAAUACGAUUAUAACGUACCCCUCAAAAUCUCCCACAUAACAAAUCCCAAUUUACCCCCUGCCAACAACAGUUAAAACAACCCAACAUUUAUAAAGUGUGUUGAUGUUUUAUAGAUCUUACAGACAGAAUGUCUCAAGCGUUUUAUGGAUUUCGUCAUAUUACAUGAAUAAACUUUCAUUUUAUGGAGAAUAGGGCAAGAACACUUUGUUUCACAAAAUACUAUACCGAUCGAAAUUUGUUUAAUUUUAGACGUUCCACUUUCAGUUUUGCCAAAUCAACAUAAUUUUGUGCGGUUUGACUGAUUGACAUUGAAAUAGAUAUUCUCAUUUCCUGUUUCACCAAAUCAAGAUGCUGUGCAAAACUUUCAGACAAAUAUAGAAACAGGUGAAAUGAUGAAUGAGUCAUGACUCUUUUCAGGUCUGUGUGUUUACAUGUCUGAAGAUGAUCACAGUUUUAUAUGCACUGAACAAAUGGAAGUAUUUAAAGUCACGGCAUUAUUUCUUUUCAUUUCCUUGUGAUCUCAACAUCCCAGAAUAGUAGAGCUGCUUGACGUUAAAGAGAAAACCCCAUUCAUUCAUUCAUUCAUUCUUCCAUCAUUCAUUCAUUCAUUCAUUCUUCCUUCAUUCAUUCAUUCAUUCAUUCUUCCUUCAUUCAGCGGUGUGGAUUGUGUUGGAAUGUAGUCUUGAGAGCAUAAAUGGGAUCAUGAAAACACAAUGUGUUGACACAAGCUUGAAGUAAUAAAUCUUCUAUGCGAUGUUAGUCGUAUAUUCCAGCUCUUUGUUUUUGAUUCAGACAUGUUUCUCCUGGUUGUUACUGAGUUUAUAGUUUCAGGGAUUUUAUUGUGUUGGGUCAGAAUCCUGUUCUUUCUCUGUAUGACGGCACUAAAACACUCAAGACAAUAAAACUAAAACAACUGAUGUUAAAACAGUUUAUUUUUGUUGGGAACUGAAACAUUCUCUUGAAAACACUGAAUGUUUUCUCACCGCACAACACAUUUACAGUGAAGUCAAAUAUCAUUGAACUUAAUGCAUAAUGAGGUCAAUCACAGACCUAAAGGCAUUUCUUGUGAUUAUACAGGUGAUUUAUUAUUUAUUCAAGUUAACAAUUCAGCCUUCUACAUUUGAACUUGAACAAAAUCUUUGAAUGUAGAAAUGUCUUGAUAUUAAAGGUAAUCAUUUUUGGUAUCUACUUUUAUUUUGGUGUAACUGACACCUUUGUAUUUGCCUCUGG